CCAAACGGAUUGUUGAUUCCAGCAUAUACUCGCUUUAAUAAAAAAUACUAUUCUCUCAUACAAAAUAAAUACAAAAAAAAAAAAAAAACAACAAAAAUAGAUUCUUAACUUGCAAGCUGUGUGUCAUGGAUUAUAGCCAAGAGCGUGUAUAAGCCACCUCUCAUGUGGUGCGUUUGAUUGUGUGUUGUAUAUUUUAUAGACAUUUUUUUUCUGUUUUUAUAUUUUUUUUUAUAACAAGAAGAACGAGUCUUAAGCUUAAGAAAAAAAUAAUAAAAUACAAAAAUCAACUCUGAGACUCUGAUGUCAGUCCAUGUUCAGUCUUGAUUUGUAUCGCGGUGAAUUUGGUUCACAUUUAGUUUUAUAAUUUAUAAUUUUUGUCUUGUUGCUUCCAAAGUUGGAAUUCUAUAUUCAUAUAAUUUCUUACUCUACUCCACACGCAUCAAUUCGUGCUCAUGUGUACUUUUGUCACAUGCAUACUAGCUGACUGGUGUAACAUAUGUUAAUAUUUUCGUGUGAAAUUAAGUGAAAAAAUUACAAGAUAUUGUUAAAAAGUUGAAAGGUGUCGAAAAAUCUGUUGAAAAUUUUAAUUUUUUUGGGGGCCCGUAUCGAAAGUCAUCUUAAGAAAUAAAAAUAAAUUUAAAAAAAAAGUGAAAAGAGUGUUCUAGAUUAAAACCCUGUUUACUGUGCAACUUGUUGAAAGUAGUUUCAAGUGUCUUUUUUUGUAUUAGAAAAAGAAAGAAAGAGUUCAAAAACUCAAGUCAAGGAUAACCUACCGCCUACAUACUGUCUACCAACUUUUUUUUUUUUUUUGUUGAUCUGUCUUAAAUUUACUCUUUUCUGUGUGUCUUCGUAUAUCUAUAUAAGAAGUACCUAUCAGCCAACCGGAAAGUUAUUAAAAAAAUAAAAAAACAUUUUUUGGACUGCAUCAUAUGUCAUCUUUUUCCACCUACGUAUUUUAGCCGCAUUUCUUACUACAACUUUGUCAAUAAAAAAAAGAGAAACAACGAUAAUCAUAAAAAAAGGUGGUGCGCGUGUUUGGAAAGUAUAUCUAGACUAUAUACAACUUAAAAACUAGAUUUUUCUUCGUCUUUUGAAUCGAAGAAUACUCAAAAGUUAUGAACCAUACAAACAAUUUGUUGAUAUUUUUAAAAACCACUCAAAUCAGUAACUGAAGAAGAAAAAAACUCACUCAAUUCCUACAAAAAUCACUCAAAUUUUAAAACUUAAAGAACAAAAAUAAAUAAAAAAAAACAUGGAAGUUGCAAUACCAGGGAGUAAUAAUGGUAGUACACCAUUUCAACGCGAAGUAAGAGAAUGGCAACGUCUCGAUCCAAAUACGGGAGCCCUUCUAACUGGCCGCUUGGAAGCUGAUCGAUGGAUAAAUGGAUCACUUAAUAGUUACGGCAAGGUGGUCGAUUCACAGAACGUCUCACAACCCAACGGCACACAACACAGUCAACGCAAGCAGCUGGAAGUGCUGCAGGCUCGUACAUCCUCUGGCUCCAUGCAGGUGAUACGAGCCCACACUGUUCAAACAACAUCAUCCCGCUGGACAGCCACAUCAUCAUCCUCAGCCUCAUCGUCGAAUUCAACGAGUCCUGCUCUAAUGACGUCACUAAAUGCUAGUGCUAGUACAACAACUGGUGGAUAUUUUCCAUCAAGACUUCAUGCCAAUCUUGGUCUAACAAAUGAAACAUCAUCAGCAAUAGCUGAUUAUAGCAUUAGUAAUAAUGGUAGUGGUGGAUUAAACACAAUAACAACAACUACAACAGAUGAUGAUCAUUUGGCUAGCAAUUUGCAUAUAAAUCACCAUGCCAAACUGCAACAGCAUUUGUUUAGUACGGCGCCAAGUUUGAAAUUGAGCAAUCUAAUGAAAAGCACACCCAGCAUAACAAAUGGUACCAACAGCAGCAACCUUAGCAACAGUGGUAGUCAAAACAAAGCCAUCCUACACAGAUCUAUCAAUAACAAUAAAAACAACAACACAAACAAUUCUCCAACAACAGAAACAACAUUUAAUCGACCACAGCGCCAUCAGCAUCAAUUCCUUUCAUCCUCAUCAAGACAACUACAAAAUAACGAUUCCAUAGCGACGACAGCAGCAGCACUCCUGCAACAGGCAUCAUCAUCAACAUCAUCGAUGUCAUCGACUUGCACUAUUGCUCCAACAAUAUCUAGCCGCCAAAUUACGACUACCAGUUCGGGAUCAUUUUGUUACGACAGCAGCCGAUACGAUCUGCCCACAAUAAUGACAGAUACUUAUGUAGGUGGCAGUAGUGUCGGCGGUGGUAGUAGUAAUGGAAGAAUCAUAGAUAUCUGUAGUCGCGAUUUAGACGACGAUGUUGGCGUUGUUGGUGUUGACGACAAUAAUGAUGAUCGACUUCACUCAUCAUCGUCAACUACUUUGUUGUCAUCGUCGUCGUCGUCAAAUCGUCAACAGAAUCAACGAGAAACUAUUUGGCAACCAUCAUCAUCAUCAUCGGUGACACUUCAGCGAGGGCGUUCCAUUUCAACAGACGACCUGUCAACAAAAAAUGUCAAUCCAGAUGGCGUUGGUGGCGGCAAUAGUAAUGGUAUUGGUGGUAAUUGUGAUGAGGAUUAUGAUGAACCAGCUGAAUGGCGACGGGUUUCUAAAAUUCGUCGCUCAUUUCAGUUUCCAUCGACAUCGACCGCAGAGACAUCACGAUCACGUCCCGCUGAUCUACCUGCUAGUUCUGUUAGUGUAUCGAAAAUUCGUGAAGAAUUAGAAAAUGGUCGUCGAUUAAGUACAGCAAUGCGAAAUAAUCAUCUCGAUUUAGUUGCCUUAGAUAAUAUAUUAAAUGGAGGUGGAGGAGGUAGUGCAACAUCAUCACCAUUGACAGCUCGAAAGAAAACCGCUUCAUUUUUGACAGCUGAAUCAUUGAAAGAAAUCCGCGGAAAGCUUAAGAAACUCAGUGAUGAAUCACUUUAUAAAGAUGAUUUUGUAACGAAAUUAGAAGCUGAACGAGAUGAUUCUCCAGAUAAAGUGGCGCCCAACACAACAGCAGAUUCAACAUUUCAAUAUAAACCCCGAUCAAAUGGAACCGUUCACACUACAAAUAGUCUCGAAUCGAGAAGUGUCAAAUAUAAGGAUACUUCGUCAGCUGAAUGGCAUCUGCGUCGAAAGUCAUAUGGUUUUGAGAAGAUGUCACCGCCAGAUGAUAAAAGUAUGUUUCGAUUCGAAAAUUCCACUGAUAGUGGCUUAGGACGAUCAAGUGACUUGGGUAAUUGGUCUCCAACAACAGAUUCAGCUAAUUCAGCAAUUAGCCGAGCUACUGUAAUUACAUUUGGCGAACAACAACAAACCAAACAAAUCAGUAGUUCUGAAAGUAAAGUCCGUCCAAUGGUUCAAAGACGUUUACGCAAUCGUACACAGCCUCAAUCUGAAGCUGAAUCGGCCGAAAUGAAACGCCAUUCAAUUGCCGUCGAUGAAAGUCAAUAUGUUCGUGAGAAUUUGCGAAAAACUUCUGCAGUCAAUUUAAAUGGAUUCUAUUCGAAAGAUUCGUCACCUCUGAAUUCCGGAUUUAGUGAUGACAAUUCAAGACGUCAAAAACGUGUGGAAUUCUGUAAGACCGAAGUUCAUUUUGCUGCUGAAUCGGGGCGCGUGAAUAUUGUCGAAACCGAUGGUAAACCACCACCAUCGAAUAAUUUCCGACGCAGAAGACGAAGUAGCAGUAGCAGCAGUACAAGUUCUACCACCAGUUCUACCACCAGUGCUGCCAACUCUUCUCUGGAUUCGAACAAAAAUAAUCUCCCAGUUAUACAUUUUGGUGAUGAACGUAAAGCAACAUUCGAUAGUUUGGAACUCGACGAAGAAGUUAUCGAUGACAAGAAUAAUGUUACCGUUUCGAUACCAAUCAAUGUGGAAAGAAAUUUCGAUUCAGCCGAAAGUCGAGAUGGAGAUGCAGAACAUCAAGAUGAAAUUUCGAUUCGUGGAAUUUUAAAAAAUAAACCACCUAAACCGAAACCAUAUCAUUUGGGGGAGAAUAUCGAAAGUUCGGAUGCUCUUUGGGGUGUUCAAUUGAAACCGGUAGCUGCUGCUCGAGGUUUUAGUGGUGAAAGAGAUCAAACUGAAGAAGACUUUAAAGAAGCUACAGUUUCGUCAAAAUCGGUUGCUGAACGAGUUCGAAUUGUCGAAGAACGAAAAGAAGGAACUGGAUACUCAACGAAAAUCAAUCUAAACCUAUCGAAUUCACCCUACGAAUGGACUGACACAUCAGGUACCUUAAAGACCUAUUAUGAUGAACAACUUCAAAAAGACUUUUAUGGAACUUCUGGACUCAACACCAACAAACAACACUCCUCCCCACAACUCACUGAAGAAAGCCUAAAAUCUACCCCACUCAUAAUCAAGACUUUACGAUCAGCUAAUCAAUUCGAUGAAGCUAUGAGAAGACUGAGUAUUUCAUCGAAUACAUCAAGUGGUGCUGAAACGGCUAUGGCUUCGAUUACAACAAAGCAUGUGUCAAGCUUAAGUCAUAUAACUAAGGCUGGUAAUGCUUCAUCAUUGAAUGGAGGAGACUUAAAGACUGCUUACAAUCAUCAUUCGGAGAAAUUUCAUAGUUCUUCUUCAUCAACAAUGACAACAACAACACCGACGAUGAAACCGAUUGCAGCGCCAAGACUUAAAGUAGUUGGUUCGAGUUCGAAUUCGGUUAGUCAUCAGCUGUCACAAUUGAGACGUAUGUAUGAUUAUGCUGGAUUAGAUAGUGAUGAUAGUGCUAGAGCUGAUGAAGAAGUUAAGGGUUAUUUUGUUGGCGAUUUGGAUGAAGAUGAAGAUGACAAUGACAAUGAUGGUGGUUUUGACGCUACCGAAUUAUCGGGUAGUUGGAGUCGUGUCAAAGCUAAACGGAAUGAGUUGAAAAUUCAAACAGCAAAGAAAAUUCAUCAAGAACUUCCUCAGUCAAAUAUAAUGAACAUUGAAUUGCACUCCCCUUUGACGCCAACAAUUAAAAAACCAGAACUGAUACGAAUGCAGGCACCAGUUGCUAAGCCACGAACUUCCGCAGCAGUUAAACAAAGUACGGUCCACAAACAAAUUGAAGUCCAACAAACUCAUCAACAAGUUACAACAAAAUCAGUAAAUCAUGUAGCUCCACAACAAAUUCAAGCUGAAAAAGAAGCCGCAAAUGAAAAUUUGAAAAUUGUCAAAGAAGCUCGUGGAGCUCGAAAGCUUCGUGAUCAUGAAUUAUCUUAUUUUGGUAUUAAAAUGGGUUCCAAUGACACCACAGAUACAAGAUCAACAAAGUCAAGACUUACCACCAAUACAACUUCAACAACAUCAUCGAAAAGAUCUCUGCCAAGUCGUAAGCUACCAUCAACUACAAAGACUGAAGAGAGAUCAUCAUCAUUAUCGAAUAAAUGGAGUCUUCCUAACGAUAAGCCCGAUUUACUUCGACAUAGUCCGAUUUUAGUCGAACCCCAAGUUAUAACAAAGACAGCUAUUGUCGCGCCAUCUAUCGGCAAACAACGGCAACGCAGUAAAAGUCCUGCAUAUAGCUCAGACGAACAAACUGACGGGAUAUAUGAAAAUAUUAAGCAACCAUAUUGCCGACAAAAGGAUCUGCAACGUGACGAGAUGAUCCUUGAUGAGAUGACCAAGACUGCUGAUCAAACAAUGAAGGCUGUUUCUGAUGAAGCUGCCCAAAAAGAUCUGCGUCGACGUUCCAUCUCUCGACGAUCAUCGAAACCCCUCGAAACAAUCGAUGAGAAGUUCUCGAAAUCCGUUAGCAAAACAGCCUUGCGGGCAAAAACAACAACUGCUCAUCGACUUGUCCGUGAAUGUUCAAAUCGCCCAUCAUCAGCAUCGUCUGGUGAAAGCUUGCCAACAACUCCAAUCGCCCCAAGAGCUCGCUCUAGAUCACGCGACAAUGUCGAAUAUGCCAAUGUUAAAUCGAAGCCUAUAAGUCGUCCCAUAAAACACCGAUCGAGCAGUGGUGAAUCACGAAGAUCCGUCACAAGCUCUACCGAAGACAUUACACAACAACCGAGGAUAAGUAAAUCGUCGAUUAAACGAUCCUCAACGAAAGACGAACCGCAAUUGGUGAGACAUCAUCAUCGUCCUCUCCAAUCACAGCAGCGUUCGUUACGAAGCAGUACCGAAAGCCACGAUCGGCACAAGGUCACCCCACGAUCAUCGACCAGAGAUCGUGUCGAGAGUCAUGACCCAUCACAGUCGCACCAGCACAGUCGCUCUUCACAUCGAAGCUCACAUGGAGCAACGAAAUCCGAUGUGGAACAACACAAGCGUAGCUCUCACUCCUCCACAGUGGAAUCAAAGAGCAGCAGCACAAAAGCAACAAAUCGCAGCCGAGCAACAUCAGACAAUGAAAAACCAAGCAAAUCUUCAACUGAACGCACAUCAAGAUCAAAAGGUCAUUCUAACCAAUCGGAGAGCAGGCCCCAUCAUCGUUCCUUGGGCAGCAAAACGGCCACAAUGUCAUCGUCGGGCGGCAACAAUUCCGACACUUUGAUUCAGAGUAAAAAUGCUAACAGAUCAACUCAUUCAUCUUCAUUAAAGACAGCAACAUCAACAACAAAACGUUCCAGUAAGGAUCGAAAGUGAUAAGCAUGAAGAUGUCCACAAAAAUACAUCACAUGGAAAUGAGACAGAACUUUAAUAAUAAAAAAUAUGUUUUGUUUAAUAUUUAAAAUAAAAAAAAAAAAAAAAAAUAAAAUAAAUAAGACGAAAAAAUCGAUUUCGUAAAUUACUAAUCAUAACUAAUCUAUAAAACAAAAAAGGAAUAAUCCACUUUGAAGUAAA